UCAAAAUUGGUUAUGAAACAGUUGUUGACGUCCAAAGCACCUUGUUCGCGUAACAAUUUUCACACCGGGCCGUAAGGUUUUUCUGCGAGUGAAAAAGUUAAUUUUUCCAGGCCAUUUUCCACCACACAAUGUCGUUCGCCCUGCGUAGCGCUCGUUUGGCCACAUUGGCCCGCCCCUCGAUCCGCAUGGUGCAGUCCCGCGGCUAUGCCGACGAGAUGGCCUUCACGCUGGCGGCGGCGAACAAGGUGUUCUACGACAGUGCCAACAUCCGGCAGGUCGAUGUUCCGUCGUUCAGCGGUGCGUUCGGUAUUCUGCCGAAGCACGUCCCAACCCUGGCCGUACUGAAGCCGGGCGUUGUCACCGUGUACGAGAACGAAGGUGCCGUCAAGAAGAUUUUCGUCUCCAGCGGUACCGUCACGGUGAACGAGGAUGCUUCGGUGCAGGUGCUGGCGGAAGAGGCACACCCGGUGGAGGAUCUCGAUUCGUCUGCCUGCCGCGAGCUUCUGUCCAACGCCCAGAGCCAGCUGUCCUCCGCCUCGGGUGAUACGGAUCGUGCCGAAGCCGCCAUCGCCGUGGAAGUCGCAGAAGCGCUGGUGAAGGCAUCCGAAUAAACUGCCUAAUAUUCCCCAUCCCAACACACACUGCUCUGGUCCUGGUUGGAGGACGCGUACAUUAAAUGCAUAGUCAGACCCGCGGAAAAUGGAGUCAAGACCGAAUGAAUAGUUGGACGCCGGGAAUCGGAUCCACCACAUUAUGCGGCUGAGGGAGAGCAGAGAAGGCAUACAACUUUUAUGGUACGCAUAUGGAUGCAAGGACAUAGAAGAAAUAUUCAAAUAAACCGUGGAUUAUAUUAAAUUUA